AUGAGUCUCAACGUCAACGGACUCCCUGAUAAAGGGCUCCUAAGCGAUGCUGCCGUGUUUGCGCGGCUCGAUCCGCUUGCUGCCCCGCUCGUGUCGCACCUGCAGAGCCGCUCGCUCACGGUUCCGACGCGCUCGGCGCCGCUCGAUGGCCGCCAGCUCGCCCAGUUUGUCUACGAUCUGGGCGUCUUUCAAGAAAAGGUGCUGGGUUUCGGCGCUGCGCGCCCUGAGAACCCCAGUGCUGAAAAUAAGAGUGCACAACACCCCCUGCGCAUUCCUGCCUCGCUGCUGAUGACCCAUCCGUCGCUGACGGACUUUUCGGCACUGGACACGAAAGCGCCGCUGUACGCCGUGCUCGAGGCCGCAUUUACCUUCCUUGGCGAGAAGAACGAGAGCUCCUGGGACAUGGAGGAUGCACAGAAGCGCACGCUCUACGUGGAGAUGAUUGCGAGCGUCCGCCGCACGCUGCGUGCGUCCAACGUCCUCCCGGCGGUGCGCAUCGCCGUAACGAGCGACGUGACCGAGGCCGAGGCCACGCACUUGCGCGACUGGACCGACGACUCGACGCAGGCGACGCAUGUGCUUAAAGUCUCGAACGAGCCCAUGUCGGACGCCAGUUCGCACGAAAAGCCGCCCGAGUCGGAGUACUUCCGCACCGUGGCGCAUCACGAUAGCAAAGUGCUGAUCCACGUGUGGUACCGGCCCGACUCGUACGAUACGUGGCUCCCGGACAAGGACUUUUCCGAGCCGGAGCCUGCGCCGGCGCCGCGCACGUCGGCGUGGGAGAUUAGCGCACGCUGGCUGCGCGAUGCUGACCUCUACAAUGAGCUCAUGAACGAGGAGGACUACGAGGCGGAUGAGGAGGCGGACGACGCGCCCGACUCGAACGACUCGGCGCGCUCCAAGAAACACAACCUCCCCGAUUCGAUCAGCGACGAUGCGGCGAACAAGCGCAUCAAGCUGCUGGUCGGCGCGAAGCCCGCGAAUGCCACGCCGAUUGACCUCUCUGGCGCACAGCCGAUCCCGGGCAAAAAGUACGAGAGCGAGCCCGUGUCCGGCGGCACACUCGGCAACCUGCCGCAGGAGGCCGAGCCCGCGGCGCCGGCGAGCGCCGAGCCGCUCCCGGUGCGCGAGGCGGCUACAUCUGAUGCACAGGCCGGCGACGUGCCCGCGCCUCCGACCGAGCACACGUCGCUGGACGCGGACGAGGUCGCCCAGACUGCGCGCAAGUACCUCUCUGAGCAGACGCAGGAAGUGAUCGUCCCGUCAUACUCGACGUGGUUCGACAUGGGCCAUAUCCACGCGAUCGAGCGCCGCUCGCUCCCCGAGUUCUUCAACAACAAGAACCGGAGCAAGACGCCGACGAUCUACAAAGACUACCGCGACUUUAUGAUCAAUACCUACCGCCUGAACCCCUCCGAGUACCUCACGUUCACCGCGUGCCGCCGCAACUUGGCGGGUGACGUAUGUGCGAUCAUGCGCGUGCACGCCUUCCUCGAGCAGUGGGGCCUGAUCAACUACCAGGUGGACCCCGAGACGCGGCCCGCAUCGCUCGGCCCGCCGUUCACUGGCCACUUCCGCGUGCUGGUCGACACGCCCCGCGGCCUCGCGCCGUUGCACCCCGGCACGGCGCCCGAGGCGCCUGCGCCGCAGCCCGAGAGCGUCAAGCCCGAGACGGACCACGGCGAGAUUACGCUCGAGCUGCGCCGCUCCGUCUUCCAGUCGACGCUCAAAGGCUCGCGGCCAGUGGACUAUGCAGAGGCGAGCUCGCUUGCGUCCGAGGCGCAAAAGGAGCUCGAGAAUGACGACAAGAAGCCCGCGUACGCGUGCGAUACCUGCGGCGUAAACUGCACGCAGUCGCGCUACCAAAGCACGCGCGCCAAAGACUUUGCGCUGUGCUCCAACUGCUACCUCGAAGGGCGCUUCCCCACGUCGAUGUACUCGGGCGACUUUGUGCGCCUCGAGGACGCGGCCUUUAAGCACCCCGGCAGCGCGAAUGGCGCGUCGGACGACGACUGGAGCGACGAGGAGACGCUCAAGCUCCUCGAAGGCCUCGAGAUGUACGAGGAGGACUGGGGCUCGAUCGCCUUGCACGUCGGCACACGCUCGCGCGAGCAGUGCAUCACCAAGUUUAUCCAGCUCCCGAUCCAGGACAAGUACCUGGACGGCGCAGCGCAGUCGGACCUCGGUCCGCUGAAGUACGCGCCGCGCGACGCUACCGGCAAGCACACGCCGCUCGUGCCCUUUGCGCAGGCUGAGAACCCCGUCAUGAGCGUCGUGGCGCUCCUUGCGAGCGCGGUGAGCCCCGCGGUAGCGAGCGCCGCUGCACAGAGCGCGCUCGGCGAGCUGACCGACGGCAUCAAGAAGCGCAUCCAAGAGGCCGGCAAGGAAGGCGCCACAGACGCCAUGGCGGUGGACGAGGCGCCCGAGACCACCGAGACCGAGACCGAGACCGAGACCGAGACCGAGCCCAAGAACGCCGAGGCAGAGGCCCCGAAGCCCGACGCGCCGGCCGUGCCUCGCUCCGAGGUCGAGCGUGCGGCGUCGAUCGCGCUGGGCGCUGCGGCGUCCAAGGCGUACGUCCUUGCGUCGUACGAGGAGCGCGAGUGCCAGCGCCUUGUCCAGCAAGUGAUCGAGGCGCAGCUCAAGAAGAUGCAGCUCAAGAUGGCGCAGUUUGAAGAGCUCGAGACGCUGCUCGAGUCCGAGCGGCGCUCGAUCGAGGCGGGCCGCAAGCAGCUCUACGCCGACCGCCUCGCGGUCCAGCGCCAGCUCGCGGCAGUGAACGAGCUGCUGCGCAAGGCAAGCACCGCGCCGCAGGACGUGCGACCGGACGAGCUCGCGAACGCGUCGAGCGCCGCACAGGGCGUGCCGCAGCAGGGCCCGGUCGUCCGGCAGGGCCCGGCGGUCGGUGCGCCGCAGGGCGGUGCUAUGGGGCGCCUCGAGUAG